AUGGCAAACAGUUCAAUAGUAAGUACCGAGGAAGAAAAUUUUGUCAGAAUUUUUUUGCUCACGAACGAGAUUUCACCAAAAGCCAUUAGGAAAGUAUUUAACAGAGAAUUCAACCCAAAUCAAUUGAAAAAACAACUUAAUGUGUUGUACUCCAAAAUAAUGAAACUACGUAAUCAACAUAUCAUCAACCAAUCUCAGUAUGACAUGCUCUAUCCACUUGGAGGUGGACCUAACUCGGAAACUUUUGAUAUUUCCCUAAUGGUGACUUUUUUGAGACACUUCACCAAAAUCAGCCGACCAAAAAAGGGUUUUGACCAGUUACCAGAUAAAGCAGAUACUACAGAAGGGGAUGAUGUAGCCAGAAUAAAGUUCUACAGAAACCAAAUAGCACACAAGAGUGAAACAAAGAUGACAACAACACAAUUUUCUGAAGUUUGGUCGACUGUUGCAGCGGCUGCUGUGAGAAUAGGUGGAUCAGAUAUAGCACAAGAAUGUAAUAGUUUACGAUUUGCUGUCUUUGCAAGCGCACAUCACGAGAUAUUGCUUCAAUUGAAACUGUUUAGAUCUCAAUUGACUGAGAUAAAAAUUGAAAGCAUCCCUCAAAAUAUAAGAAGACUUCAUUUGACAGAAAUUGCCAACUGGAGGAAAGAGGAUGAAAAUUAUGUUGAAAUAGAGGCAUCAAGGUAUGUGUAUGAAUGCAUACAAAGUAAUCCUUGUAUGCUUAUUGUUGGAGUAUCAGGAGCUGGCAAAACAGCAACAGCUCAUCAUGUUGCAUUACAGAUGCACAACCAUCUAGAUUACGUAAUUGUUCCGAUUAAGUCACCUUUUGAACUUGAAAAGUAUUUUAGCAUCUCGAAAAAACAAAUAUUUUUAGUGGACGAUUUUUGUGGUCGUUAUACUGUUAUCCAAAAUGACAUAAACGAAUGGUUGAAAUAUAUGGAAUCAACAAAGAGUAUUCUAAAAGAAUUCAGUGUGAAGUUGAUACUUACUUGUCGAUUGCAAGUUUUCCGAGAAAGCCAAUUUAAACAUUUAACGUUUCUUACACAGAGCCUUUGUAACAUGUCAGCCGAAUUUGUGUUAUCAGAAGAAGAAAGAAAAUCGAUAGCAAACAUGUAUCUUCCUAGUGAGGCUGAUAAAAUUCCUGCUAUGGGAUGUUAUGAUGCAUUUCCGCUGAUGUGCAAUCUUUAUUCGAAAAAUCAGCAGUUACUUUUGAAAGAGUUCUUUACCAAUCCAUAUGAAAUAUACGAAAGCGAAUUUCAGAUGCUUUUUGAUCAAAGUGACAAAACAAAGUUUUGCGCACUAGUAUUGAUUGUCCUUACCAAUAAUCACAUUAAAGAAACCUGGAUUACAGAAUGUGAUAAUCCAUUCUUCAACGCAAUGUUAGAAAAUGCGUGUGACGAAUGUUGCAUAACUCCUGCAAGCUCAAAACGGCUGAUAAUAGAACACUUAAAUUCGUUUCUUCUCACAUAUUUGCAAAAGGUUGGUGACAUUUAUACAACUAAGCAUGAUACAAUAUUUGAUUUUUUGGCAGGUUUCGUCGGUAAAAAGUUUUCUGAUUGCGUACUUAAAUAUGGAAACUACUCUUUAAUAAACGAGAGAUGCAUGCUAGAAUCCAUUAACGAAGAAUGUAAUGAAUUUUCUAUUAUUAUUAAUGAAAACAAAGAAAAAUAUUACUUUGACAGAUUAAUCUAUGAGUUAAAGAAUGGGCACUUACUUUCAAUAUUUUCGAGUACACAAAUGAACUCGGAUGACUAUCGGAGGAAACUGAUGACAAAUUUAGAAACCAAGUUAGCCACGAGUUUUGCUUCACUUCUUGACCAAAUAGAUAAAGAAACUGGUUAUUCACCGUUGCUGUUUUGUUGUUUUGCAGGAUAUCUCGACAUGGUUAAUUUUUUAGUCAAAUCUCGAGUUGAUAUUAACAAACACUGCAUAAAGAAUUAUGACAUUUCACCCCUUUACAUCGCAUCACAACAAGGAAAUUUCAAAAUUGUCCAGAUUUUGCUAAAAUAUGGUGCUGAAAAAAAUUCCUACAUUGAAAAUGGUUCAACACCUGUAUACAUUGCUAGCCAACAGGGACAUAUCGAUAUUGUUCGAUUGCUGCUGUGUCAUGAAGCUGAUCCUAAUCUCAGCCGGGAAAACGGAUGUACACCGCUUCAUUCAGCUUGCCAGGAAGGUCACUUUGAUAUUGUAUGUUUGCUCAUACACAAUAAAGCCGACGUAAAUCUUUGUAACGUAAUGAAUGAAUCGGCAUUGUUUCUCUCUUGUCAAGAAGGGCACGAGGAAAUUGUGACAUUUCUUUUGGAAAAUACGGCUCUUGUAAAUAGUUCCACGAAAGAUAAUCUUACUCCUUUGUUUAUUGCGUGUAAUCAAGGACACCUAUCCAUUGUUGAACUGCUGUUGACGUCUAAAGCAGACGUUAACGCAUGUAGCGUAGGUUUAUCUCCAUUGAUGAUUUCAUGUCAAAAUGAAAUGUACGAUAUCGUUAAAGUUUUGCUUAUGAAUAAAGCAAAUGUAAAUUUUGAAACUACAACUCAAUCAACAGCUCUUUUUGAUGCAUGUGAUUUAAAUUCAAAGAAAAUAGUGCGUCUUCUCCUGGCAUAUGAUGCACAAGUCAACCAUAUAAGAGAUGAUGAAUCAACACCAUUAUUUAUCGCAUGUCGUAAUGGCCAAUCAGGGAUCGUCAGGAUAUUGCUUAUGAAAAAUGCAGAUCCGACAUUAUGCCGAAACGAUACUUCCCCUUUAUUUGUUGCUUGUAACAAUGGAUUUGUCAAAGUAGUUGAUAUACUCGUUCAUCAUGAAUCAAAUUGUCGCAUGAUAAAUAAAUGUACAGAUGAUAAAACGUCUCCGCUAUUUAUUGCUUGUCAGGAAGGAUUUGAGUCGAUUGUAGCUUUACUACUGAAAAACGGUGCAGAUUGUAAUAUAUGCAGAUUUAAUGGCAUUUCACCAUUAUAUGCUGCUUCAGAAUUGGGUUAUGAAAAAAUUGUAGAUAUGUUGCUACAAGCAAUUAGUAGUACCAGUAAAUCCGUUGAUGAGUUUGUAUUUGAAGAAACAACACCAUUAUUUAUUGCGUCACAGAAUGGUCAUUCGAAAAUUGUUUCAAAAUUAAUAGAAUGCUCCGCAGAUGUGAACUACUGUCGUGAUCAGAAAAACCAAGAAACGUCUCCUCUUUUCAUCGCAUGUCAAGAAGGACAUAUUAGAAUCGUAGAAGAUUUGAUUUAUGCAAAAGCUAAUACUAAUGCUGGAUGUAAUGAUAUAUCGUGCUUAUUUAUUGCAUGUUCUGAAGGUCACAACGAUAUAAUUAAUUUAUUACUGGAUGCCGGCGCAAAUGUUAACUCUCUAACAAAUGAUGGUGUUUCUGCGUUAUACGCAGCAUGUGAAAAUGGAAAUGCUACAAUUAUUACCCGUUUGCUUGAAAAGAAUAUAGAUAUCAAUCAAAGCAUAGCGGAUGGAUCUACUCCUCUUUUCAAGGCAUGUGAAGAAGGCUAUUCAGAAAUAGUAAUCAUGUUGCUACAAAAAGACGCAGAACUACAAAAAAUUCAGCAAUGUAGACCAACAACGGCAGAGACGUCUUUAUCUGACAUACAAGAGUUGCCGGAGGGAGAAUCUAUCCAUAUAACUGAAACAAAAAGUAGAAUUCAACGUGCUGUAGAUAUGCGUAGAAAUGACGGUGCUUCGCCUUUAUUCAUUUCUUGUGCAGAAGGAAAUAUCGACAUUGUCCAGGAACUAUUAAAACAUGGCGCUAAUGCUGAACAAUGCACUAAAGAUGGUAUAAGUCCUUUAGAUAUGGCAUUUGAAUCAAACAGCUUAGAUAUAGUUGAAAUGCUUUUGGAUGGAUACGUAUCCGUAAACAAGCAAUCGGAUAAAGGGAAAACACCUCUUUAUAUUGCUUGCAAAUUCGGCUACGUUAAGAUUGUCAGAUUAUUAAAAAACAGGAAAACAAAAGUAAAUAAGCAUAAAAAGAACAAAACAACUCCUCUCUAUAUAGCUUCUAAAAAGGGUCACAUAUCUGUGGUUAAGGAAUUGAUAAAAUGGGAUUCUUCUGGUAAAAAUGCUAUUGAUAUCGAUCUUCAAAGAGACGAUGGUAACACACCUCUUUUUAUUGCAUGCAAAAAAGGAUUUACAGAUAUUGUUCAGGUGUUACUCGAUGCAAAUGCCACUGUUAACAUUCAAAAUAUAAUUGGCGAAUCCCCACUUUUUAUAUCGACACUAAAACAAAAAGUGGAAUGUUCAAACCUUCUUCUCUCUCGUCCUGAUGUUGAAGUCAAUUCCUACAGGCAUGAUGAUCAAACGUUUGCCUUAUACCAAACAUGUCGCUUUGGAAAUUCAAAAAUAACUGCUGUUCUAUUACAACACAAUGCAAAUAUCAACCAAUGCAAUAGCGAGCAUGAAACAUCUUUAUUUAUUUCUUGCCUUUAUGGACAUGAGCAAAUUGUUGAAAUUCUGCUUCAAAAUGAGACUAUUGAUGUAGAAAAGUGUAAGGUAACAGGAGCAUCUCCACUAUAUGCAGCAUGUCAAGGUGGAUAUGAGCUGUUAGUACGUAUGCUUCUUCGUAGAGGAGCUAAUGUCAAUAAAAAAACUUUAAAGGGGUCUACUCCUUUACACAUAGCGUGUGAAACAAAUCGGCUCAAAAUUGUUCAUAUUUUGCUGAACAACAAUGCUAAAGUAGAUGUAUACACCAAUGAUCAAAUUUCGCCAUUAUACCUAGCAAGUCAAGAAGGAUAUUUAAAAAUUGUUAAACUUUUGAUGAAAAGAAGUAUGAAAAGUAUAAACUAUUGUUCUGUUGAUAGCACGACUCCCCUUUAUGCUGCUUGUAUAGAAGGACAUGUAGAUGUAGUGUCGCAUUUAUUAAGAAAUGGAGCUGAUGAAAACAUUACUCCGUUCGAUAAAAAAUCUUGCUUAUUUGUCGCCUGUGAGAAGGGCAAAAGUGAUGUUGCAACAUUUUUAGUUCAGGAAACCAAUCUUGUUCAUCAAUACUCCUCGUAUGAAACAUGCCCUUUAUAUAUAGCUUGUCGUAACGGUUAUCUUGAUAUUGUAGAACGACUUGUUUAUUUAAAAGAUUAUGGUAAUGAUAUACAAAUAAAUUCCAUAUUAGCAUCAUGCGAAAACGGAUACAGAGAUAUUGCUGAAGUUCUUAUAAAGAUUUUUAAUCUUUAUGAACAUAACUAUACAGAAACUAAUCCUUUACAUCUCUCAUGUGAAAAUGGACAUGAUAAUAUUGUGCACCUACUGCUUCAGAACGGAAUCGAUGUAAACAGUUAUAAUUAUCAAAACGAAACACCGUUGAUGAUAGCUGCUCGAAAUGGUUUCGAAGAUAUGGUGUCUACAUUGUUGGAUUUUAAUGCAGAUUUCAAUAAAACUGAUUAUGAUGGAAAUACUGCAAUAAAACUAGCAGAGGCAAAUAAUUUUCCUGAUGUAGUUGAGGUUCUGAGACGAAAAAUGUUUAGACACUGAGAAAGACAUGUGAUUCAAAUAUAAAGACGAAAUUAAUCCACACGUCGUUUUCACAUUAUUGAAGCAUGUUGUGUUGUUAUAUAUAUUCGUUCAAAGAAUGAAAUGACAAGGGAUAUUAUCAUGCACUUAUAUAAAUUGGAGUUUUGUUUUCAUAUGUUAAAUACAUCGUUUUGCUAAGCAUCUAAAAUGUCAUAAUUUAAAUUUAGGUGGACAUUUAUAUUAUGCACAAUAUAAUAGGAAACAUAUAUAUGCUACAUGGUUUAUUUGAUCUACAGGACGUACGAUACAGUUUCGAUCCCAUGAUGAUUGUUUUACAAAACUUUGAACCCAAGCUAUUUUUCACCUUAGCAAUUCAAAUAUGAAAUAAAGCAUAUACCCUUCAUGUGCUACUUUAAGAGA